AUGUUUGUGUUUGUUGCUAAUAUUGGAGAUGCAAAGGCAGUGGUUGCACGCUCAUCUAUGCCAGAUAGUUUGCAUAUUAUUUCGGAUGGAUUACGUACAGUAAAGGCCAUUGUUUUGACAAGGGAACACAAAGCAAUCUAUCCGCAGGAACGGGCACGCAUUCAGAAGGCUGGUGGAUUUGUGAGUUCAAACGGCCGACUACAGGGUCGCCUUGAAGUUUCUAGGGCCUUUGGAGAUCGCCAGUUCAAGAAGUUUAUACUUAUCUCUGCAAACAGAGAUGGCUAUCCUGCCCCCAGCCCUGCAGUGGCGGCAGUCCUCUGCAUUGGCCGUGACAUAUGUCAGAACAAAGAAUUCACUACCGUGGUAAAGGCCAGCUGGACUUUAAGUUAUAGUCUAUUACUCGCUGGUUUGGAACCCUUCCAUAGAGAAGCAGCAGGGACAACGCGCACAUGCUCUUCCCAUGUCCCACUGAAAACUAGGUUGUCGAGGAUACCAAUACAGAGUGAUCAAAGAUGAGUCUUCCUACUUGGGGACUAGGCCAUUUCCGAAGUCAAUACCAGAAUCAUAAUUGUAUGGAUCACUUUUGGUAAACAGGCUGAGACAACAAGACAAUGAUUAUUUCUAUCUUCAUAGAACAUCAUUGAGAUAGAAGGCAAAUGUCGGAGCAGGGGUAGGGAUAUAAUGUUAGAUUAG